AUGAGUCGUCGGCAGAAUCCCUCUGAAUUUCUCAAGCAAAUUAUCGGCAAACCAGUUGUAGUGAAGCUUAACUCAGGCGUCGACUACAGAGGCAUUCUCGCUUGUCUGGAUGGAUUCAUGAAUAUUGCGCUUGAACAAACGGAGGAGUACAAUAAUGGACAACUGCAAAACAAAUAUGGAGAUGCGUUCAUUCGUGAGACUGAAACGUUAGGGUCUUUGCUGAAAUAUUGUGCAAUAUUGCAAGCUAUGAGUCAUUUGAUUGUAAUGCUUCCUAUUCUUAUCAAAAGGAGUGUGGUAUCUUUACAUCAAAAGUAUCUGUACCCAGUGACUUUUUCUGAAGAUGGCCAACGUCGACUAACUCCUUCACGAUGUGAAACUUCUGCGUCUACCACAAAUGGAUCUUCAGAUUUUAUAUGUUCCACAACUCAAUCGCCAUGUACAUCAUCUGCGUCGGGGCCGAAUGAGGUCGCGUCUACUGAACCUUCGCUAAGUGCGGGACAUGAAAAUGACGAGCCUACCUCAAUUUGGGGAGCUAAAGCAAAGACGCAAUUGAAUGUGCCGUCAGCCUCUACAUGUGAUGGAAGCACAUACUCUGGCGAGAUAAACUCCUCUGGCACGUAUGUGUCGAGUGACGGCGAUUUCAAUGAAGAUGCCCUAGCUGAAGUGAUUUGUGAGCAGCUUAACGAAAUGGGAAUAGAUACUUCAUCGUUAGCGGAUGAUGAACUCAUCGAACAAAUGUCGGGUGCUGUACAAAAUAUGAAAAAACAAGGUUUUAGUCGGUUGUAUCAACCAACUUUCCCCAGUGAUUUAAUGCGAAACCUCGAUGUCGAACCAAUCAAACGACGCUUGAAAGUGAUCUCAAUAGAAUUGGCUCAUGCUGUAGCAGUAAUGCGUACUAAUUGUGAUGUGGAUACAAUGUUAGAGGCCAUGCGAGGGGGUCAAGUGGUUGAACCUCCAGUGAAACGUCUCAAACUGAAUGAGGUGAAGAUCGAGGCAAAGAAGAGGGUUGAGGCUCUGUUGAAAAAGCUAUUGGACGAACGUGCAGCAGCGCGGGAAUCUACUGCAUCAGAAGCAGCAGCUCCAGUACCCGCUGUAGACGAUACAGCCUGGUUCGACACUGAGGAUGGUCCUAUUUCUAACACAGCUGCCCCGCCAUCGAACUCACACUCAUCAUCGGCUGAGGAGGAGCGGUUAAAUGCGUUCAUUCGGAGCAAAGUCGAAAAACAUGUUGUUGGAUCUGCUGCCAGAAAGCAUGCGUAUCGGAGUAAGAAACAGCAAGAACUUUCCCAGCGGCCACAAUCACAAUCGCAGCAUCAGGCUGGUCCAGAAGCCCCAAAUCAAUCAUCUUUGUCUGUACAAGAUCUGCCUACCUCUUCACACACCUUUUCCGAAGCUGAUGGAGUCUUGUCAUUUGACUCUCCUUAUUUAGAAGAUAGCUUUGUAGAUGAGUCAUCAAUAGAUUUUAGUGAUAAAAAGUCCUCUGAUAUUCAAGAACAGAAUCAUGUGUUGCCUGAGUUGUCUACCCUCCAAUAUGACCCGAUUAGCAACCCUAUCGACGAGGAUCACUUGGACGACCAUUUAGAUUUUGGACUGUUCGACGAAUUCGAGUGUGCCGCAUCUGGUCGACCGUCUUUGGACCAACUUAGAGAUCAAAUUUGGCACCUGUUAAGGUGUGGGUGUAUGGCUGGUGAGUUCGACUAUGAAGUCUCUCGCAAGCUAUGGGAAGCAGCAGUCCCAAUCGAGUUUCAAGUUGAUAGAGACGAUGAAUCGGGGGACACAUGCAGACCUAGUUACACCAUGCUUCCUCGUUGCGGGUACUUACCCAUACAUUUGACAAAGAUCUUGGAACAAGUGAAAGCACGUGAUGAAAGUUUAAAGUUGGACGCAGACAAAGUAUGGCUAGAAUGCAACGGCUUACCGUUGAAAGUAUAUUAUCCUAUAGGAGUUCUUUUCGAUUUGUACAAACCUAUUGACGCACCCACCAUGACAAUUAUUAUCAAAACUGGUCCACGUCCCGAUGGUGUUCUAUCGGUAUCCAAGGAUGCAAUGGAAUCCAUGUUCAUGCAAUCUUUGAAAGAAGCUAACUACUUAAAGCGACGGAGAGAUGAAGCAAAUAGCUACAUGGCCGAUGAACACAAACAGUUGUGGUCAAGUCUCGUUCAUGAUCGCUUCGAUGAUUUUUGGAGUGUAAAUAGGCGACUUAUGGAAACUACAGAAGAACGCCCAUUCUGUGAUAUUCCUAUACGAUUGUAUAUAACUGAGCAACCUUUUCGACAGAUUUUACAACCACCCUUUGAUAGCAAUGGAGAACCACGAACCCUAACCCAAGCGCUGGAUUCACUUUCUCAUGAUCUCGUAGAAAAUGGAAAAUAUCGAUUUAUAUCCCACGGUAUCACAGUCCCGCUGGAAACGCCACUGAAUUACCUGGGAAAGAAUUUUGCAUAUCCUGAUAAUUUUGUACAUAUUUCUGACUUCUCUCAAAUAGCAUAA